AUGAGUCAUAGUCGGAGAUUGCUGGAAGCUGAGAAAAAGCGUAGUGAGAUCUCCAAUGAUUACACCGCACAUUCUUCUCACGGUUACUUAAAACACAAUCGGGCAUUUCCAAAUGUAUCGAGCGCCAAUACAACUCCUAUUCGCAGUAACAGCAGACAUCAUAAGAAUAAUAAUAACAGCAGUAGUAGUAAAAAGAAGAAGAAGAGAAAGAAGAAGAACAACAACAACAAUGAUAAUAAUAGUGAUGGAGAUUCCACAGAUACAGAAUACUCCAGUGAUGAUGAUGAUGAUGAUUAUGAUGAUUAUGAUGAUAAUAAUAAUGAUACUAAUCAUUAUAAUAAUAAUAAUAGUAAUAAUAAUCAUCAUCAUAAUAAUAAUAUGGAUGGGUAUGGGAACAAGCGUAGCCCCUGUCCUGGAAUGAAUAAUAAUAUCAACCAACAACACCGACAACAACAACUAUUACAUUCCUCGGGAUUGUCAAAUAAACAAUCUGCAUCCAUCUCCACUAGUCCACUACCAUCACCUUUACCAAAGAAAAACCGAUCGGAGAUACCCACAGCAACUGAAAAUGAUGUAAAUAAUAAUAGUAAUAAUAAUAAUAAUAAUAAUAAUAAUAAUAAUAAUAAUAAUAAUAAUAAUAAUAAUAAUAAUAAUAGUAAUAAUAAUAGUAAUAGUAAUAAUGGUAAUAGUAAUAGUAAUAAUGGUAAUGGUAAU